CUUGCAAUACAGACAUAUUAAAAGAGGUAGCUUAUGAAUAGGACUUGCUGGAAAAUGUGAACAGGAGCAGAUCUAAAGUAGGUAAUCGAACAUCCCGGCGUACGCUGUAAGCUAUCACUCGAGAACGGAUUCGGCGCAUCACCCAUCGGAGAGUGCCCGCAUCCAUGGAAUGGCAGACAGUAUGGAUAUGCGUUGCCACGGGUGCUUGAUCGUCUAUGCCUUGGGUCGGUGCAGGACAUGAGGAAGCACUGCAGCUGUGGUGCGGACAGUCCCGAGUUGCCAAACUGGAUCAAACAACCCAUCUGCGCCGAGGCUCUCUUCGCCUUACCCCGAUGAAGCGCUCUCAAACCAGCUCACCGGUGGCCGAUAAAUCGCACAAAAACAAAAAGCCGAAACUCGCAUUCACACCGUCUCAGACUCCGGACGAUCAUGCAAAUGGGGCUGACUCUGAAGGCUGGACCAAAGUUUCCAAGCGCAAGCAGAAAAAGCUAGAUAAACAAGUCUCGAAAGGCGAAAAUAUGCAACCGCGCUUCAUGUACGCGAAUAGCGAGAUAGUCAAGAGAACUAAUGCGAUCGGCAUUGAGGAUGUUCGAGACCUCGUUCUGCAUAUGAGCGCUGACGCAUCUCCUCCGAACUGGCUCCGCAUCAAUGAUUCAAAACUCAUCCAAAAAGUGGUCACACUAUUCAUUCCCGGCAUCACGCCCGAGCUUUUGGAUCUUCCUCCCCUCCCGACCGUCGCGACAGCGAAUCCGAACAUUCCGCUAUCUAUCCCGCUCCCUACACCGAGCUCGUCAUCUGCGUCGAUUCCUUUCAUCGCCUCGACUUUCAGUCACGCCUGCCCGACGAGGGCUCCGGGCGACCAAACGCAUAUGCAUAGCAUCUUGACGGCGUUCUUCCAAGGUCCAAUCACUUCGGCUGAGCUCAGGAAGCGGUUGACUCAAAACCAGACACAACGUACGCGCGAAAAAGACCCAGCACAAUACCUGCUCACGCUCGAACAGAUGGUGGAGAAUGAGUACCCAGUGCCAUCGUAUAUGGCUGAUGUGUUUGAGCAAACGGAGGGGUGGGUAGAAACGCCCCAGGAGCCGACGACAGCGCUUCUAGAAGGGCUAGAGUUACCGAAGCGGAAGGUGUACUGUGUCGAUUGCGAGAUGUGUCAAACACAAGCUGGCAAGGAGCUUACUCGUGUUUCUAUCAUUGAAUACUACACGGGGACUAUCGUGUAUGAUCAGCUCGUCAAACCCGCGAAUCCCGUCAUCGACUACUUGACACGAUGGUCAGGUAUCACAGCUGAACAGCUAGCACCGGUCACAACCACCCUAGCUCAGGUCCAAACGCAUAUACUCAAAUUGCUCUCUCCGCCUGCUCCGAAUCCCUUCUCCGCCGCUGCGAAACCUACCGAACCAUUCUUAACACCCAUCCUUGUCGGCCACUCGUUGGAGUCCGAUCUCAAAGCACUCAAACUCUGUCAUCCCAUAUGCAUCGAUACCGCUCUGCUAUAUCAUCAUCCUCGCGGGCGGCCGCUGAAACCGGGUCUUGCUUGGCUCACGAAGAAAUGGUGUGGUCGAGAGAUCCAGACCCGUGGCGAUGGGGGACAUGAUCCUCAGGAGGAUGCACAAGCCUGUUUGGAUCUGCUGAAGAAAAAGGUCGAGAUGGGUCCUGGUUUUGGCGAGUUCAAGACGGACUACGAGUCAAUAUUUGAACGGAUGGGCCGUUCAUCCAAGAGCGGUGGAGAGAAGCAUCGGUCGGCAGUGGUCGAUAUCGGCAAUCCGGGCCUGAUGCAUGGCAGCAAGGCGACGACUUCUGUUGGGUGCAAGGAUGACGCCGAAAUCCUUGCCGGGCUGUUGGAUGUCCUGCCUUCACACGAUUUCGUGUUUGGUAGGUUCAUGGCGCUUGCGAACGUGCUGGGCUGUAAGUCUUCCAGCUUCUUCUCCAAGAAAAUGUUAACAUGGUGUCAGGGUCAGUGCCCAAACCUGAACAGGGAGCACCUGCACCGCCGAUGGCGACUCCCCCAUUGCCAGAUGUCCUGAAUCCGGUGCUCGCUCAGCUGGACCAACAUCUGAAAACCCUUUACGCGAAUCUGCCACCGAGAACAGCCCUUGUCAUCUUCACCGGACAUGCCGAUCCUCGACACAUGGCGCGCCUGAAUCAUCGCAAGACGGCGUUCGAGACUGCCAUCCGGGGAGGACUGCCUCCGGAAGAACUGCCGCAGGAAUUGCGUUGGACAGCUGCUGAUGGAAGGGACUUGGAAGAGUCAGUCGCUCGAGCUAAACGCGGCUUGCUGUUCCUCGGUGUAGUCAGCGGUUGAGAUCCAUAAAUUCCCGCUUUCAUAAGUACUUUUGUGUCUUACGGAUAGCUGCGACAAUGUAUCUCCACGCCCUGUCAGAAUUGAUGCACGCCAAUAUCAUAUCUUGAUCGCUGCCAUCACCUCGCCUUCUGCUAUGCACUGAAGUCGACCUUCAUCUCCAUCUUCUACUUACCUAUCUACCUUACUACUCUUCUAUUCCGCUGGCCAUGGGAAGCGACGGUGGUCACUGCUCCUUCGUGCUCCUGGCAGAGUUUGACAUUCUCCUCGGAGCCCAACUCAAAUAUCAGUUCCCUCAGCCGCUCGGUGUCGAUGAGAGCGUUCUCGCCAUGUCUAUGCUACCGGACGGUGCCGAAACGCAGCUGGACGACUGGACCGUGUUUUUCCUCAAUCAGACGGCAUUCAACACCAUAUCCCCCGUCCUUGCGCUCGACACACCUGAAGUCAAGACGACGCCGCUCCUGGGGGAAGGGAGUCCCGGAAGCCAGGGGGACAAGCCGGACUUGCUAUGCGUGCUAAAUUUGGUGCGCACGAAGCACGACAAGACGUUGGAUCGGGGGGCAAGGGUACUGGCAUUGGCGAUAUGCACGAGGCAUCCGUUUAUUCAGAUAUUCAAGCCUGUGCUACUUAUGGCGCUUGACGACUACCUGGCCGAUCCGUCGCAAGACUGCCUGGCGAGACUGUUCGACGCAGUUAACUCGAUGGAUCUUUCUGGGGCGCCACUUCUAUCGCGCAACGAAAAGAUGGUCAUGCGCUCGUCUGAGCGCAAAGACAUCUUCGCGGAGAAGAUCUCAACGCCCGCAAAGCAGAGCUGGAACAACAGCAAAGCGAACCUCCAGCAUAAAGCGACGCAGUCGGCAGAAUCGUUUUCGAGCUUCGAGGAGGGGAUCUUGAUGCGGAGUAAAGAACGAGAGGAGUUGCCUCAUGCCCCUCCUCCACCGGCGCAUUCCACUGCCCAGUCUUCGCCAUCUGAAGCUUCAUUCUCACUCGGAGGUAGUGCGGUCUGGGUCGGGGAGGAGAGUGGGACAGAAGGAGCUAGUGCUGAGGAUGGAGAAGUGGAGAGUGUGAUGUCUUACGCUGGCACCGCGGUAACGGGCGCCACAAAUCGACGCCGGAGGUCAACAGAUGCUUCGUCUGCUUCCUCUCACAUGAAGGAUGGUAUGUUGCGCCCGUCGGCUAUGGCCGCACCGUCCUACAUGGACGCAUCCUAUCGCGGCGGAAUGACGAAGGACACCCAUUUCUACCAUACUACAGUGCAAUACAAGGACCAUCAUCUUCCCAUCAAGAUGCCCUUGGCUACAUUUCCGGAAGAGGUUGGCGACUAUUCUCUGAUUACGCUCGUCAAAGCAUUUUCCAAUCCCAAUCUCGUAACUGGACCUUUCCAUCCUCAUCUGCACACCAACGGACAGCAAACGCACCCGAUCAUCCUGCUGUUCAAUGCGCUUGUGACGGGGAAAAGAAUCAUCUUCCUCGGUCACAAGAAACCUGCCGGAGAGGUGUCCAGUUUCGUGCUUUCUGCUUGUGCUCUCGGCUCUGGGUGCGGUGCGGUCCUGCGCGGUUUCAUCGAGCGUGCGUUUCCAUAUGCCAAUCUGAACAAUCGCGACGAAUGGGAAGCAGUCCCAGCUUUCAUCGCAGGCGUGACCAAUCCUAUCUUCAAGUCAUCGCCCACCUGGGAUCUUCUGCUAGACAUCUCGACUGGGUCUGUGACUGUCGCACGCGAUAUCCAUGCUGCGCAUCCAGUCAGCACGACUUUCGCCUUCCCAGGCAUCGCCAGGACAGCGACAUUCAAUCCAGAAACGUCUCUUCCUAGUGAGGAGAAUGGGACGGGAGCUAAGACUGACUUCUUGCCGAAAGCGGAUCACAAUGCGGACAACAUAUUUAUGGAGGAGAUUAAAGCUGCGAUUGAGUAUCACUACGGCGAAAGCCUGGUGCGCAUCCGGUUUACGGAAUAUGUUCUGCGAUUCGUACGGCUGGCGUCACGAUACGAGGAGGACAGCACUGGUUCCACCAAGUUCGGGUAUCCGAGCUCCGGGUUUGACAGCCGGUUGCCGAAUCCGAGAUUGGGGAGCGGGAUUGUGUUCAAUGAUGACGCGGCAGGACGGAAAGAGCUCGCUGCCAACUCGCAGCGGAUUGAGGGAUGGCGCAAGACGAAUAGCUUCGAGUAUGCUUGUGCUGAUUUCCGCAACUCGCAGCUGAUGGAUUCGAUCCAAGGCUUUGACGUUUCGCACCAACUCUUCAGGAUACGACAUGCAAAGAAUAUGUCGGACGCGGAGAUUACUACGAUCAUGAAGACGCUGGCAGAGAGUGUCAAAACGUACGACCAAGUUGUAGAGUUGCUGGCAUACCUUAUGCCCCACGGCGGCGGCCUCUUGCACCUGGCAUUCGCUCUAUUCCAUCAGAAAGAGACCGUGCGUGAUGCGGCAGUAGAUCUAUUCAAUCAGCUGCGUGCUUUCCCGGUUGGAGUCAUGUUUCUCCAGGCAUUGAAUCAUUUCCAACGCUACGCCUAUGUCCGACAGGCCCAUGCGCGGGAACGACGGUUGCUAGAACAGCAACAACAGCCGAAACUGUAUGGGCCCCCGUCAACGACCCCGACUGUGAAUGGGGUGUAUUAGAAUCUUGUUUACUUGUUUGUUAGCCUUCGUUUACCUCCUAUCCAUUGGGUGUAUUGUGUACAAUGGUCUGUCUACCAGUGAUUCGACAGUGCUACUGAAGCAAACUCGAAGCAGAGGCUUCAGUCUGAUAUUUAGCUCUGGGGUCGGCGUCUCAAAGCUUUAAACCCGGACCACCGUGGGCCCGCAAGGUACCAGCAAGUUGCUCGCAUGCGCCAAGACUCGACCGCCUAGAAAAGGCAAUCCGAUUUCCACAUUGGGAUGGCUGACUGAAACAUGAUAUAUGUUGCAAGGCAACUCUGCGCUCAAGUCCUGCGCAACAAUCGCGCUUGAGCAAGUAAGCAAUUAAUCCCGUCCCAUGCUUAGCGUUUGUUGAUUGGGAGGCCUGAAAGGAAGGACUUCCUUCCACCUGAGAAUCUGUUGAAACUCGAAGAAGAGGCAGUGAAGAUGAUAAACAGGCAGAUUGGAUGCACGGUGCGACCAGUCAGCACAACGUGUGCACAAGUAUCGUGAGUUCGCCGAACGGAAUCCCGCGAAAAAGUGACGCAAAGCGGAGGCUUGCCGCACCCUCGUUUCAGGCACGCUGCACUUGUUUAGCAGCCGCGGAUUCCGCCGGAGCGUUUCGGGCUGAUUCGGAAGUGCAAUAAAGCGAGAGAAAUUUAAAUAGAAGCCCCGAGGUCCUGCCGACGCCGAAUUUGCGCAUAGGGUACUACUUGAUUCGGGUUUCCCCAUCUGAAUGCAGUCCAGAGAGCCCGGAAAAGAGACGACCGGAGAAAGAACCAGCGCCUCGUAGCACAACGUGGAAGUCUCGAAGUGCGGUCCGAGCUGAGGGGGACGGAGACCCGACAUGUAUCAGCCGGGGCAGAUGAUGGUCCGAUGACAGCUCUAGCCUGGUCUUUGGGGAUCACGGCCCACUGAUGCGGGAAAGGAGGGGGAGGAGGCGGACUUGACUCUUGAGCCGGUCGACAUUCCAGGAGGCAGAACAGUCGGUGCAGCAUGUACUUCUUGAACGUAAACUCUCAGACCCGGAAUCACGUCGCGAGAGCGCAUGCCUUGAUGGCAUUUCGGUUCCGAAGAAGGCUAUACCACGAAAUGCGGCCUGAAAUGGCCGCUGUGAGAGAUAUCGCAUUCCCAUCGAUCCUUUGAGGUCGGAAGAGAUGUCGGACCGUGAAUCGAACCUCGCAGGGGUGUAUGGUUGUACAGCCUAGACUGGCACAGCUGACUCUGACUAAAUGUCCGCUCCACUGGGGACUCGGAAUGCAAGAUGAAAUGUGUUUCGGCAAUUUGAUCGGCAAAGAUCA